CAGAUGGCGUGAUCCCCGCCGAUCACGGAGACUGGAGUGAGCGCCCCCCUGAGACCGUAUCGUAUUUACCGUAUGGACGUUUAUAGUGGGGUACUGUGAACAGUCCUGUCAUCGGGAUUACGAUAGUCCGUACUUACCGCCCCCUCGGGAAUGCGUCCCCGACCGAACUAGACUCCGGAGUACCGACUUUCCCAGUCGCUGCAGUCACUGCAGUCCCUGCACGUCCCCCCGAUGGCACGCUUCUCCCCAUAUUACUCGUAAUACUCAUUGUCACGCCAGUGUACCACCCGAACUGUAAUAUUACCACGUUGAUCCCAUCUGCCCCUCCAUCCCGUUGGGGUUUAGGCCCGCUUCCCCUCCCUCCAUUUUUCUUCUCAGCUUUCCCUCCUUCUCUUCUUCUUCUUCUCUCUUUUCUCUCUCCAAAGGCAAUUGGGUUCUUUUCCAUCAUUCUAUCUUUCCUGAGAUCCCGCCUAACCCCCUUUCCCCCUUCAUUUCCACACACAUCCGUCAGAAUGGUUCAAUCCGCCGUUCUCGGUUUCCCCCGUAUGGGUCGGGUCCGUGACCUGAAGAAGGCCACUGAGGCCUACUGGGGUGGCAAGUCCACUCGUGAUGAGCUCCUCGCUGAGGGCAAGCGUCUCCGUGCCGAGCACUGGGGCCUGAUCAAGAAGGCCGGUGUCGACUCUAUCCCUAGCAACGACUUUGCCUUCUACGAUCAGGUUCUCGACCACAUCCAGCUCUUCGGCGUUGUCCCUGAGCGCUACUCCCAGUACAAGCUCCACCCCCUCGACGAGUACUUCGCCAUGGGUCGUGGUCUCCAGAAGGAGGGCGUUGAUGUCCCCGCCCUGGAAAUGGUCAAGUGGUUCGACUCCAACUACCACUACGUCAAGCCUACCCUGCAGGACAACCAGGUCUUCACCCUCGCUGCCGAGCCCAAGCCCGUCACCGAGUUCCUCGAGGCCAAGGCCCAGGGUAUCACCACCCGCCCCGUCAUUCUGGGUCCCGUCUCCUUCCUCACUCUCGGAAAGGCCGACCGUGGCCAGUCCGUCGACCCCAUUGACAAGCUGAACGACCUCCUGCCCCUGUACGUUGAUCUGCUUGCCCAGCUGAAGGCUGCUGGUGCCGAGGAUGUUCAGAUUGACGAGCCCGUCCUUGUCUUCGACCUUGCCCCCAAGUCCAAGGCCGCCUUCAAGCCCGCCUACGAGGUCCUGAGCAACCUGGGUAGCAAGGCUCCCCGCCUCACCCUCACCACCUACUUCGGUGACAUUGUCCACAACAUCGAGGUCCUCUCUUCCCUCCAGAACCUGCACGCCAUCCACGUCGACCUGGUCCGCAACCCCGAGCAGCUCGACGCCGUCGUUGCUGCCCUUGGUCCCAAGCAGACCCUGUCCGCCGGUGUUGUCGACGGUCGUAACAUCUGGAAGACCAACUUCAAGAACGCCAUCGAGAAGGUCGAGGCCGCUAUCCAGAAGCUCGGCCAGGACCGCGUUGUCGUUGCCACCUCCAGCUCCCUCCUCCACGUUCCCCACACUCUCGAGUCCGAGAAGAAGCUUGACCCUGAGAUCCGUGACUGGUUCAGCUUCGCCGUUGAGAAGCUCACCGAGGUUGCUGUGAUCGCCAAGGCCGUCACCCAGGGCCCCGCCUCCGUCAGCGCUGAGCUCGAGGCCAACGCCAAGUCCAUGCACUCCCGUGCCACCUCUGCCCGCACCAACGACCCCGCUGUCAAGGCUCGCCAGGCUGCCGUCACCCCCGAGAUGCACAACCGCAAGUCUCCCUUCGCCACUCGUAUUGCUGAGCAGACCAAGACCAUCAAGCUCCCUCUCUUCCCUACCACCACCAUUGGUUCCUUCCCCCAGACCCAGAACAUCCGUGUCACCCGUAACAAGUUCACCAAGGGUGAGAUCACCGCCGAGGAGUACGAGAAGUUCAUCGAGCAGGAGAUCCAGGAGGUCGUCAAGAUCCAGGAGGAGCUUGACCUCGAUGUCUUUGUGCACGGUGAGCCCGAGCGUAACGACAUGGUUCAGUACUUCGGUGAGCGCCUCAACGGCUAUGCCUUCACCACCAUGGCCUGGGUCCAGUCCUACGGUUCUCGCUGCGUCCGCCCUCCCAUCGUUGUCGGUGACGUCUCUCGCCCCGCCCCCAUGACCGUCAAGGAGUCCAAGUACGCUGUCUCCAUCUCCUCCAAGCCCAUGAAGGGCAUGCUCACUGGUCCCAUCACCUGCCUGCGGUGGUCCUUCCCCCGUGAUGACGUUCACCAGUCCGUCCAGGCUCAGCAGCUCGCCCUCGCUCUCCGUGACGAGGUUGCUGACCUCGAGGCCGCCGGUGUUGCCGUCAUCCAGGUCGACGAGCCUGCUCUCCGUGAGGGUCUGCCCCUCCGCAAGGGCUCUGAGCGCGAUGCCUACCUGAAGUGGGCCGUUGAUGCUUUCAAGCUCUCCACUGCCGUCGCCCGCGACGACACUCAGAUCCACUCCCACUUCUGCUACUCUGAGUUCCAGGACUUCUUCCACGCCAUUGCUGCCCUUGACACCGAUGUUCUCUCCAUCGAGAACAGCAAGUCUGAUGCCAAGCUCCUCAAGGUCUUCAUCGACGAGAAGUUCGAGGCUCAGAUCGGACCCGGUGUCUAUGAUAUUCACUCGCCCCGUAUUCCCAGCGAGCAGGAGAUCAAGGACCGCGUCGAUGAGAUGCUCAAGUACCUCCGUCCCGAUCAGCUCUGGAUCAACCCCGACUGUGGCCUCAAGACCCGCGCCUGGGCCGAGACUCUGAAGGCUCUCCAGAACAUGGUUGCUGCCGCCAAGUUCUACCGCCAGAAGCACGCUCAGUAGAUUCUGGGCACUUCUGAUUUUCUUUCAACUCACUUCCUAUAAUGUGUUAAUCUACGGAGGCGGCUCUCUCAACCCCGCCGUCUCCAGCACGGGGAGUUUUACUGAUUUGUUUAUUUUAUGUGAUGAGUUUAUGACGAUGAUACCAAAAGUUCAACAUACGGGUUUCAACGGUUUUGUGGAUUAGAGGGCACCAAAAAGCGGGUUUACGGAGUUUCAACAUGACUAACGAUUUCAACAUGGGUGCCGCCAAUUUAGGUGCCAAUUUUUCAACAAUUGCUUUGUUCUCCCGUCCUUGCGAAGCAGUUGCUGUCGCUUGGACCUUGGAGAACGAGGAACCUUUUUUUUCGUGUGUAGAAUUAGCUGUGAAUAUACUUUUUCUAUGCAACACCGUUUUACCAUUUUUAGAGA